GUGGCUGGAGCAGCAGGUAAUGACCGGGGCCUUUUGGUGUUUCAGAUGCCGGUGACCUUCGAGGAGGUGGCUGUGUAUUUCACCCAGGGACAGGGGGCUCUGCUGGACCCCGCUCAGAGAGCCCUCUACAGGGACGUCAUGCAGGAGAACUACGAGACAGUGACCUCGCUGGGAUUCCCCCAUCCCAAACCUGAGCUGAUUGUCCAGCUGGAACGAGGGGAAGAGCCUUGGUUGCCGGAUCUCCAGACCUGCAAGGAAAGAAGGCUUCCGAGAUGCCCCCAUACAGGUGCUGAGCGAGGGAGUGAGAAUGUGGAGCGGAAUCAUCAUGAGGAAGUUCCCGAGGAAGUGGAACCGCAGGGGACCUUUGUGGGAAGAGCCGAAGGCAAUUUUCCCCAGUGCUUGGAGCAGGCAGAAGCCUGGGGAAAUUGGCACAGGUCAGAGAGGCUUCUGGGAAACCACCCAGGGAAGAAAGUGGAUGAAUCUAUUAACAAUGUGGGAGGAGAGGAGGAUCCCAAGGAAGAGACACCCUGGCACUACCUUCAGUGUGGGAAAGGAUUCAUUGCGAGAUCACAGCUUGUGACACAUCAGACAAUCCUUACUGGAGAGAAACCUCUUCAAUGCUUGGACCCUGGGGAAAGCUUCAAUAAGCUCUCAGAUAUUAAUAACCACGGGAGAAGACACAGAGGAGAAAAACCCUCUCAAUCCCUCGAGUGCGGGAAAUGUUUCAUUUCGAAGACACAAAUAAUUAGACAUCAGUUAAGCCACACAGGGGAUAGACCCCACAAGUGCUUGGAAUGUGGGAAAAGUUUCAUAAGAAAGUCAAACCUUUGUGAACAUCAGGCAUUACACACAGGGGAGAGACCCCACAAGUGCUUAGAAUGUGGGAAAAGUUUCAGACAGAGGUCACACCUAGUUUGUCAUCAGGCAUUACACACAGGAGAGAGACCCCACAAGUGCUUGGACUGUGGGAAAAGUUUCAUACAGAGGUCACAGCUAGUUUCUCAUCAGGCAUUACACACAGGAGAGAGACCCCAUAAGUGCUUGGACUGUGGGAAAAGUUUCAUAAGAAAGUCAAGCCUUGUUGAACAUCAGGCAAUCCACACAGAAGAGAAACCCCACAAGUGCUUGGACUGUGGGAAAAAUUUCACACAGAGGUCACACCUAGUUCGUCAUCAGGCAUUACACACAGGAGAGAGACCUCACAAGUGCUUGGACUGUGGGAAAAGUUUCAUAAGAAAGUCAAGCCUUGUUGAACAUCAGGCAGUCCACACAGGAGAGAAACCCCACAAGUGCUUGGACUGUGGGAAAAAUUUCAUAAGGAGGUCACACCUAGUUCGUCAUGAGGCAUUACACACAGGAGAGAAACCCCACAAGUGCUUGGACUGUGGGAAAAAUUUCAUAAGGAGGUCACACCUAGUUCGUCAUGAGGCAUUACACACAGGAGAGAGACCUCACAAGUGCUUGGACUGUGGGAAAAGUUUCAUAAGAAAGUCAAACCUUGUUGAACAUCAGGCAAUCCACACAGGAGAGAGACCUCACAAAUGCUUGGACUGUGGAAAAGGUUACAUACAAAGGUCAGACCUUGUUAAACAUCAGGCAAUCCACACAGGAGAGAGACCCCACAAGUGCUUGGACUGUGGGAAAUGUUUCCCAAAGAGAUCAAGCCUUGUUAAACAUCAGGCAAUCCACACAGGAGAGAGACCCCACAAGUGCUUGGACUGUGGGAAAGGUUACAUACAAAGGUCAGACCUUGUUAAACAUCAGUCAAUCCACACAGGAAAGAGAGCCCACAAGUGCUUGUAGUGUGGGAAAAGUUUCAUCAGCAGGUCACACCUUGUUGAACAUCAGAGAAUCCACACAGGAGAGAGACCCCACAAGUGCUUGGACUGUGGGAAAUGUUUCUCAGUGAGAUCUAACCUUGUUAAACAUCAGUUAAUCCACACAGGAGAGAGACCCCACAAGUGCAUGGACUGUGGGAAAAGUUUCAUAAGAAGGUCACAGCUCGUUUAUCAUCAGUCAAUCCACACAGGAGAGAGACCCUACAAGUGUUUGGACUGUGGGAAAGGUUACAUACAAAGGUCACACCUUAUUCAACAUCAGGCAGUCCACACAGGAGAGACUCCAGAGGUGCUUGGACGGCGGGAAAAGUUUCAUAUGGAAGUCUGACCUCAUUAAACAUGGAAGAAUCCACACAGGAUCUAAACUGCUGUGACACAUGGCAAGAAAGGAUUAAGCAAGUUGCAUGUAAUGGAUUCAAUGGGGAUAGGGGCUGAAAGAUGGAGAGAAUGUUUAUAGCUGAAAUCACCAAAAUGUGUUUUGCAAGGUUAGUGUUAAGUGGAUCUGUUCCGCUCUCCUGCUCGGACAUUUUCUGUGGGGAUCCCGGAGAUGGAAAGGAGCAGCUGUUACCAUCUUGGCUACCAAUCCCCACGGUGACUCUCUACACUAGCAAUUCUCAAACUGUGGCCAGAGCCUCCCAAUGGAGGGACAGGAAUGUGUCAAGGGAGGGGCAUGAUCAGUGUGGGUUGUUUGUUUUUUAAAGAGCACUGGCUGUCGGCCCCAGGUGGUUGGGGCUCAUGAAGAAGGAACAGGCCCAUCUGGCAGGUGGGGAUAAAUGCUCAGGCUCUCAAACCCAGGUGGAGCAGCAGCACAGAAGUAGGUGUCAAUGGGGUGAUAAGUCUGCUGUGAACAGCGAUAUUGAGGAAUAUCACUUUUCACGUGGCCACCCUGAAUUCUGUGCUGCUAUUGGAGAGCUUUAGAGCUGGGCCCAUCGCCAGCACCAUGUUUACAAAAUGAUAAAUCUUCUCCAAAGUAUGUCCUGUGAGGUAUCAUAGGGAAAGUCAUCACCUGCUGAAUAUUAUUGUCCAAUUAAAAUGUGUCUAUCAGCACUGUCCACAGGGGUGGCUCCAGACCCCAGCACGCCAUGCAUGCCGCAGGGGGCGCUCUGCUGGUCACCAGGAGGGCGGCAGGUAGCUCCGGUGGAUGUCUUGCAGACGUACCUGCGGAGGGUCCGCUGGUCCCGCGGCUCCGGUGGAGCAUCCGCAGGCGUGUCUGCAGGAGGUCCACCGGAGCCGCGGAAUCGGUGACCGGCAAAGCGCCCCCCGCGGCAUUCCGCCAUGCUUGGGGCGUCUAAAUCGCUAGAGCCACCCCUGACUGUCCAUGGAGCUCGGAAAGUUUGCUGUAUCUUUGUUACAUGCUGUAAAGCUGGAAAACGCCCACAGACGAGCUCCCCAGAGAUAGCGGCACCUGCACACCAGCUAGGUGCUAAGUGGCCAGUAAUUGCUGAGCCGGCCCUUCACCAGCUGUGGAGCCGGGAACAAGAGAGUUACAAUUCACCGGAAGGACGGCUGGACGCUCACUUAGGCCACAGACUGAUUGUCGCCUGCCCCCCGGCUUGGGGGUGAACCUCAAAGAGGAGAGUGGUACAAAAGCACAAGGGAGAAUUACCUCCAUUUUUAACUCUCCUCUCCCUUCUCUACGGAAGGCAAGAAUGUGACUUGAAAGACAACAGGGGCCGUGGAGUGGGGAGGACGGACCAAGGCUGGAAGGAAAUCCAGCCUGGGUACUCAGAACUGUGAACUGCCUGCAACAGCAGGUGGGGUGCAAAAACCUGCUUGCUUCACAUUUUCCUUAAAUUGGUAAAAUGUAGGAUUUAAAAUGCAUGUUUUAAUUGUAUAGGUUUAACCAGAUCUGACCUUUGACAUCUUUGUCCCUUGUAAUCCCUGAAAACCCCCUUGCUCCAGUUAGUAAAGUGGUUUUAGUGUUUUGUCUGGA